UCUGGGUAGUAAAGUUGCAAAUUUAACAUUUUUUCCAUUUUCCCUAAAUUACCCAAUUUACCCCUUAAAGAUAGCUUUCUCCCAUUUGACCAGAUUCUCACUUUGAUUUUCCUUGCCUCAUCUCUCGUCUCUCGCUCUCGCUCUCUGCACGAUCAGAUCUCAAAAUCGGAUCGGAUCGGAUCGGAUCGAAUAGAAUCCACGACUUUGAUCAAAUAUGACCCUUGGCUCCGGAGGAACGAGUGUUGUUGUACCGAGGAAUUUCCGGUUGCUGGAGGAGCUUGAACGUGGGGAGAAAGGUAUUGGAGAUGGAACUGUGAGCUAUGGAAUGGAUGAUGGUGAUGACAUUUACAUGCGCUCUUGGACUGGCACUAUCAUCGGUCCUCACAACGUAACUGUUCAUGAAGGUAGGAUCUAUCAGUUGAAGCUCUUUUGUGACAAAGAUUACCCUGAGAAACCUCCCACUGUCCGGUUCCAUUCACGUAUCAACAUGACUUGUGUCAACCAUGAAACAGGAGUGGUGGAUCCCAAGAAGUUCGGGCUUCUUGCGAACUGGCAAAGGGAGUACACAAUGGAAGAUAUACUGGUACAGCUGAAGAAGGAAAUGACUGCGUCGCAUAACCGUAAGCUUGUUCAACCUCCAGAAGGCACUUCCUUCUAGUAGCUUAUGGGAUCUUCUUCUGGUUUGCUGAAAAAAUCUUUGCCCCCUUCUAACACUAAACUAUGUAUCUGGGGUAAUCCAUUGUCGUUCUCAUGCUUUUUAUGAUAAAAAAAAAAAGGUCUAUGUGGAUGGUGGUGAUGUUGUUCGAUUGAUCAUGAAGUUUCUACUUGUGUGCAAAUUAUCAAAAACAGCGUCUUCCCCAGUCCAUCUGUUCAAUCUUUUUAAUUUAAUUAUUAGUUGCAUA